AUGAAAAAGAACGAAUCAUCUGUUGUCGAGGGGAAAAGGCAGGGAAGCUUCGAGUUUCACCGAGACUGGUUGACAGAUCAUCUUCCACACUGGGAAAAAAGAUUAGGUCACCUGACCCAGCAAGAAAUAAACGUUCUAGAAAUUGGAGCGUUCGAGGGUCGAUCGACAACUUGGAUUCUACUAGAGUUAUGUAAGAAUCCCAGAUCCAAGCUAAUAACGAUCGACACAUUUGAAAGAAUCUUUGAAAAAAUCGAUAACGAGAAGAUAUUUCAUGAGAAUAUUAGAAAGACUGGCAGAGAAAGGCAAAUAGAAAUUGUCAAAAGUAGAUCUUAUGAUGCAUUGAUUCAACUAAACCAAAAAAAAGAGAUCAUGUUCGAUUUCAUUUAUAUCGACGGUUCUCAUAUUGCUUGCGAUGUCCUAUCCGAUAUCGUUUUGUCCUGGAGUUUGCUUAAAGAAAACGGAAUUCUAAUACUUGACGAUUAUCAGUGGGGUUUUUUCAAAGAAGAGCACAACAAUCCUAAGAUGGCGAUCGAUGCCUUCAUGAAGUGUUACCAAUGGCAAAUAGAAGUUCUCGACAUGUAUUAUCAAGUAAUUAUUAGAAAGGUGACACGAGAGAAUGUCGGGACAAUAGCAGAGGGCAAAGAUUGGAGGACUGAUUGCUAA